UUCAUAAAAAUUUUAUAUGGCUUGUGAAAAGCCUGUUUUUGAAGGAUUCUAUCUUCAGUUUUUAUUUUGAUGUACUUGCUAAUAACUACUUGUGAAUUUUAAAAUGAAAUGAUUCUUAGCAAGUAGGUACUGUAAACAUCUAGAUGUAUGAUUCAAAAGUUUUGUACUCCUAAGCUUUUUACUGCCAAGAAGUGGAUUUGAUUUAGUGAGUAAUUUGGGAUUUUCAGUGAAAGCUUAAGUAGACAGUUCUUAAAUGAAAAGCUAAUAUGAAAAUCCUUGGGAGACGUUUCAAGAAUUUAAGAGAAAGUAGAAAGUUAAGACACUGCAGGCUACAUUUUCUUAGUCAAAUACAAUGACAAGAUUAAAAAAUCUUCUGUAUCAAAAAAACCCUACUUUGACAGUGUCAUGAGAGUGCCAGUUGUGAGCUGUGGGGAUUUGUUAUUUAUUUUUUAAUAUAUUUGAUACAUAAUCAAAGUAAAAUAAUUCCUCUGUAUGCUGAUAAUUCUGAUCUUUGGGUUUUGGUGUGGGCUAAAGGAUCAAAUAGUAGGAUUUUCCUACUUUGAGCAGUUUAGAUGCUAGUGCUGCCUCUCAGAUUAAAAAUAACUGUGAUAUCAUCAACAUAGACUAUUGUUACCUGGCAUCAAGUCUUAACUGCAUUUGAAUGGAAAAAUAUCAGUUGAUGGCAUUCAAAAGAAAUAUUAUUAGCUCUGUCUGCAAUAAGCAUUCACACUUCAUCUCAUUCUUGUUGUCCAUUGUUUCAAAGGUGGCACAUUCUAAUGGCAUCUGAAACAAUGAAAUUGCAGAGCAAAUAUAUAUAAAUGAAUGCCAAACAGUGGAUUAACUUAAACUGUUAUGUUAUGUUCGAAGAAACCCCUCACAAAAGACAUCUGAGUUCAAAAGUCAUUUUCUAAUUUCAAUAUGCGGGAGUUGAUGAUGGAGAUUUAUCUGCAGGAAACAAUGGAAUAAUCAUCAAAACAACUCUUAAAGCCCUCACGUCAACUUCUUUGAUAGUUUCCGGUAUCUGCAGCACUUCUAUGUAGGAAGAAAGUUUUCUGAUCUUCACCAGACACUGUAUUUUAGAAGAAGAGAUCAAAAGGCAUCAGACUUCAUGAAGAAUUCCUGAACAGCAUCUUUGACAGUAAUUGGAAAGGUUUUCAAAACCUUUCUGCAUCAACCAACAAGAAAAUGGUAUAAAAGAAGUUGGAAAAAGAAUUGAGCCAUGGAGAUGAAGGACUUACAUCCCUCAUCUCAAAACUCCUUUUGCUGCAAUUUUUCUUCAAAUGUUCAUAUACCCAUGUUAACUAAUUCCUAAUAUAAUCAAAAAUAAAUGUUUUUAGAUAAUUUGUCAUAGUUUGCUUGUUUUUUCCCUUGGGUGUGGAAGUGUGAAAGUAAGUGUAAGAAUGGAGAAGGCUGCAAGUGUCUUGGUUCCUCCACCUUUCUUUUUGGUAUCUUUUGGUUAAUUAUAUUUCUUUUCUGACUAGGCCAAAUUUUCAAAUGCUGUCUCUUAAACAGAAUAUCAAAUUGCCACGUAAAUUCCACCUGGCUUGCAGGGUAGGAGUGGGUAUUGACUAUAUUCUCUGCUUUGUUUUUGUUCUUAAACAGAAACCAGUGUUAGACAAUGACCAUUCCUCUUUCAAGGUAGGCUGAAUUGUAAGGCUGAAGGAUUGCAGGUGCAUUUUAAAUGCCUGUAAAAUAAUUUUAUCAGUUGAACAUACUGUUAAAGAGCUGGUACUUGAAAAUUGUAUCUAGAAAGAAUUUGAACAGUUAUCUGCUUUCCUAAAAUUACUUUUGAUUGUGUGACUAUGAUACUUAAGUAUGACUUAUAUGUAGUAAUGUGAAAUUAUUUUCAAGCCUAGAAACACAAAUAAGACUUUCUUUCAAGAAAGUUUUGAUAGUUUUUUUAAUGUGAAUACAUACAAAUAAUUUUUCUAAGUCAUGUUAUUAUGUUUGUAGAUACUCAAUGAUUAAUUUUACUAACAGUUUUUAUGUUUUACUGAUUUAUUUUACAUUGUUUUCCCAUCAUUUUUGAAUUUUUUGUACGUUGGAGAGUUUACGGUACCUCAGACAGCAUAAAUGUAUUUUUACUCAGUUUUAGUAGAAGGGAAAUGUUUCAAAUGGCUUGUGUUUUUGACUGUAUUGCAAAGAACUUCUGUUAUUUCCUCAUGCUAACUUCUAAAGUAAUAUUCUCUUCCUGUUACUUGCAAUAUGAAAAACAUGUGAUUUUGAUUACUUAAGCACAGUCCUGUAAAUUGUUUGUUUGGAUCAGGGCUGGAUCAACUUCAUUCCAGAUUGAAAUGCGCUCAUGGUGACAGGUUCCUGAGUAUUAGUCUGAUGUUCUAACUGAAAACUCAGAUCAUUUAAUUUGUAUGUAUUUUUUUUUAUUACUAUAACACUUAGGUGACAUAGGCUCAACUUGUUUCUUUUAUCUAAAAUUGAUCAUAAACAAGUUUGGGUUUAAAUCUUGACCUUGAAUACUUUUCCAUUGAAACAAUUAUUUAGCUAUGGUUGGCCUUUUAAUUCUUGGUUAUAUGUUGAGGAUCUAGUUAUAUCUUAUCUACUUUUGGUCUUUGAUUUUUUCUUUUCUAUUCACAUUCAAAUAACUAGAAAAAAAAAAAAGCAUUAGUUUUCAGUGGGCAUAGCUAAUGCAAAAAGUGAUUCCUUUUUAACCAUUUCCAAAUCCGUUUUUCUGCAGAGACACUACAGAUUUAUUCAUCAAAUACAGUUGCUUCUAUGGCAAGCAACAUGAUCACAUGAGCUUCUAUAGUCCAAUCAAGCUUGCUUUUGGACUAUUUUUCGAACUUAUCUUGAUGCUGCACCCCUGUUGGUAUUGGACAGCUGUUCCAGAAUUUUGUUCAUCUGCUUCUUUGAAAGCAUUGCCUAGAUUCCUGUAUGUUUGCCCAAAUUGUCCUUUACACAAUUCCUCCCAACACAGAGGCAUUCCUCCUGAAGUAUUUAUCAAGUAUUUAUCAUUCUUUAACAAACUAAGAAGGACAAAGUCAUUUGCCUCUGUAUGGGAAGUUACAAAAAUCUGAAAGGAAUGCAAUGGAUAUGAGAGCACCUACUUGUUUUAGAUGUUCUUUCUGUGCAUGUAAAUUUGUAAUUUAACACAUAUUAGCUUCUGGUCUUUAUACUAAAAACAAAUUACUGGUAGUUUAACCUAAAAGAAAGAGAUAAUAAGUAUAAAAAAUGAUAAAAACAACACCACAGGGGCAUAUCUUUACAUGGUUUAAAUGCAUCUCUAUGCAUUUUUAAUAUUCACACAUAAGACUACUCCUUUAGUUUUAGUGUCUGAUUUUCACAGAUAAUUGACAAAGGAACACAAAUUGCACUGGUUAAUGAAAGAAAUUAAACUAAACAUGCACACUCACAUUUAGGGAAGGCAGUGGAAACAAAAGUAUGUGCAUAUGCAGUGCCUGACAUUACAGCCUAAGUUUCUAGAUCGGUUGGCACCAAGGAAGAAUGAAUGUCCUGUGUUUCCGUCACUUUUCAAAAGGAAAAAUUCAUGUGCCAAAUAUUUGACUGUGGUUGACUGCAGAUGCUAGAAAAGGUGGGUGAUACUACGUCAUAUAGGUGCAACUGGCAUUGUAUUAAGUUUUGCAUAACAGAUUGUGCCUGGUACAGUUUCUGUCUGUAUCUAUCUUAGGUAUUUACAAGGCAUCUAUCACCUUGGUACCUAAGCAGUUUGAAAAAUGCACCCACCCCAGGAAGCAUGAUGCAGAUACAGGCAGAGGCCCAGGUCCAGAGCAGCAGAGGCAGGUCCCGGGAAGCUCCCCAACUGUGGUACCGCUGUUGUUGAGCUCCUGGCCCACUUGUGGCCAAGGAACAUCUCCACCUACCUGUCAGCAGGAAGACGGUACCCCACCCCUCACGUCCAGCUCUACUGGUGGGGAAUCUGAAAAGGAAAUGUAAAUGGAAAAGGCAACGGUCCAGUAGCAGAGGUGAAACAGAAAUGGUGGGAUUUCAAAAGGAGGGAUUCUUAAAGAACAGCACAUCUCAGGGGAGGGAUCAACUGCCAGUCCAAGUGGCAGAUGUCACUGGGGAACAAGAUGGGGAGGUUCCUGGAUCCUCGGGGCAAGCUGGCCGUCUCCGAGGGAGCUCGCCGUCCACGCCGGCUGAAGAACAGGAAUCCUCGGUGCCUGCCUCUGACGAAGACUCGCCGGCCAGGACCACAGAGAGCUGGCAGUGGCCGUUGUCCUCGUCUGAAACGCACAGCAACGUUGGGGAGGAUUUUGAGGGAUUUCAAACGCCAGCGCGGACUCCGGAGUGUACCAUGGACAUACAGUCUCCCGGGGAUCAGUCACUCAGUAGGACUCCUCAGUUUGAAAGUGACUCUCCUGAGGAGGAGGGCAAUGAUGAGAUGAAUGAAGAGCACCGCGGUGUUGAGCCUGUCCCUAGGGAUCGGGGUUGGAGAGGGCAGCCCCAGCUAACAGAGGGAGAGAAGCUGUUGAUGGAAACCAACAGUAGGAUUGUGCAGCUGCUGGAAAAUAUCAAGAGGGAGCAUGCACAGUCCAUGGGUCUCAUGUCACAGUCCAUGGGCCGCAUGGAGCUGCAGCUGGGCAUUGUGGCUACCUCCACAAGAGCCAUCCAUAACUACCUGUCAGAGAUUUUAGCUUUUCUCAAGCAGCCACGGACGCAGGUCCUUGAAACACGCAUCUCCCAAAGAGCCACCCCCCAUGUCGAGUUAACCUGUGCCUCGACAUGGACUGGUGAGGACGCAGUGGCAACCUCCACUGUGUGCUUACCAGGGGCCGAAGGGACGAGCGACUCUCGAGAACCGCCGCAGGCCACGCUGCCUUGUCGCAGUGGCCGGCUGCAGAGAGCCAUAACCGAGAGGGCCUCGUUGCCCAUGCCUACACGCCAGGCAAAAGGGGGAGGGAAGAAAAAAUAACCACACCGUAGGAUUUUUAGGGUUUUUUUUAAUGUGCCUGUCCUUUUAAUUCUUAGCCAUAAGGCCAUCAGUGGCAGAUUUCAACCAUUUCCUACAUUGGCUAACAUUGUAUUCUGGCUGACUAGAUUAGUCUAACAUUUUGUAGUUUAUAUUUGCACUGUUAACAAUGUGUGCUGCUGGUAUUUGAAGAACAUUUGCCUCUGUUCUUUCACUUUAACUUCAUACAAGCAUUUUUUUACUCUGUGCCAGGCAUUCAUUGCUUUUCUUACAAAUACAAGUCAUUUCUUGAGGCAGUUGUUUUUUGAGUUUUCUUUCUCCAUUAUCCCAUCCCCUCUGAGCAAGCAUUCUGGAGUUGGUGGUAAGUAUACAGGUCUUGGCAAUACUCGCCUCCAAAACUGUGUUCGAUCAGUCUUUGCCUGGUGUUUCUGGCAUGCCAGCCUGAGGUGUUGGGGUUAGCCUGUACUGGAUCAUGAUCAUUCUUAUCCUCUGUGGGUCUGACAAGCUCACUUUCUAAGACCCUCGGUGGAGCUAAUCCACAUGUCUUGGCUAUGUCGUACUAGAAGUAAUGUUGCCAGGAUCAUACCUCAUAUUUAUCUUUUGGGGCUUGUAUAGUAACGUGCCACCAGAUCUAUCUAGGUACCUGACUCUCAUUUUCAAAGUUCCUUUUACGAUGGAUCUGGUGGUUGGAUGGGCAGCAUUAUUUUUCCUCUGAGAGAGUCUGGGGAUUUGAAACAGGAGUCACUAAGCAAUGUGUUCUUGGGGAUAAGAGCUAUCUCCUUCACCAAAUCUACUAGGAGGAGACUGUCCCCUGUAAUUAUCACAGAUAUUAAUUAUUUAAGAAAAUGAAAAGAAAAAGAAAAAAAUAAAAAAACUUGCCUAGCAGCCAGACCUCUUGAGAAUGUAAAUGUCGUGACAUGCUGUUGGGUAUUGUGCUACUAUGUCUGUGAUUAAGAGUUUUUCAUCAGAAAUGACCUACAUGCUGAUAAAAUACAACUACUUUCUGUGCCUUUAGGCCAUCUAAUUUCCUGAGGGCUGGCACCCUGAGUAGAACACGGGUGCAAUUGGUAACCCACAGGACAGAUGGAAAUGCACUUUGCAAUGAAUUAUUUUCUGUUGGUGCUGCCUCUCUCGGGGGAAUUUAAUAUAGUGGCACUCAAAUUGCUAUAUGCAUGCAGAGGCAUCAGACUGGCUUAUCCAUGUGGUAUCCCUGACAGUUCUCUGGAAGGAUGCUGUUACUAGGAGUCCCUUGAGCGUGGUAACUAAUAAUCACAGGUGUAGCAUGGCUCCUGUGUUUGACUCUCCACAUAUCUUUGUAACAUUUUGUAAAGAUUCAGAGGAGUUUAUAUGGCAAAGCAGUGAUGAAUUCCUCCUUUGGCAAAUAAUAGAAAAUAAUUGUAGGCCUAAAAAUCCUCUUCUGUGAAUACAGCUGAACGGUGCUCUCUCUGUCCAGUGAGCCAUAGCCUCUUCUUUCUUGUCUUUCUCUGAGACUGAAUUUAAUCAAAAUAAAGCACAUACAACAUAUUGUUAUUCUACCAGUCAGCCACAGAUUGCUCCCUUAUAAGUGUGUGUGCGUGCGUGCUUGUGGCUGUACAUUGCAAAAUGAAUGGUUUAAUGAUGAAAUGCAGCUGGCAUGGCCAACCUACAGUGUAGGCUCUUUGCAGUAGAGAAUAUUUCUUCCCUUCCACCUACAUCCAGCUGCGUUCCCUCUGAGACUACCAUUGGAGGUGUUCUUCUUCAGUCACACCAUUGACACACUUUUAUACCAGGUGCAAAUUUUUGCACCUCUUCUAUGGCUUUUUUAUCUCUUUUUGUUAAAACUGUUCGUUUUCCAAUACAAGCUUGUAAGAUUCCCCUCUCAUUGAUACAAGAAGCGCAUGCUGCCGAAUAUUUAAGAUCACAAGAAGGUUGGGAGAGAAGCCCAUUAGUGAGCUUUGACAAAUUAGUCCAGUGCGGCCUUCUGAACACGUUUCUGGUGCAUACAUGGUUUGCACACUGGUACUGUGAAUAUGAACAGCUAAGCUAAAGGCAAAGACAAGUGGAAGUUUGUCCCAAUAUGCUUACAUCUUAUUUCUUUGGGAUAAGUUUGAACAAAGCUGAAUACAAAUCAGCCAAUUAAUUUUCUUGGCCUAAUUAAUGUGUGUCUGAUAAUACAGUGAGAAUGUUUUUAUUUUGCAUAGUAUUUUCACUUCAAAAGUGUGGUGCAGUAGUGUGGUCAGAUGCUAACUAAGAUUUUGACGUGCUCUGCAGGACCCGCCAUGUAGCUGCUGCCAUUUAGAAUAAAUCGCAUUCCACUGUAGUUUUAAAAACACACCCUCCGCUCUACCUUUGCGUUCGGAUCAAAGACAGUAGAGAAAAAGAAGAAGCUGCGCAGAUGCAGCAGUGCUGCUGUUGGAAAAACUGCGUGAGGAACACCUAAAGAGUUCCUUGCAAAGCAGCUUAAGCUGUCACCUGAUCUCUCCCAUUUCUCACUGCUUUAGCUAGAUGUGGAAAGACACAAAGCCACUUGAAUGGGAGCAGUUAUAGGGUGAGAAUGACUAAGAAAAUGUCCACAGGCAAGAAACCUGCAAUAAACUCACACAGAAUAAACUUAUUCCAGCUGGAAGUAGUAGGUGGUAUUUAAUAAUUGGUACCAACUGAUAUUUUGAUCAGAUCUUAAAUUAAGAUCUGACUUAUAGUAUUGUCUAGCAAAAUCAGUGCAGUUGGAGAGUAUGUAUGUUUCAUCCCCAAACAAAUAUUUUCAUGCUUUUCAAGUGUCUGUCAUAGCCUCAUCACUCUUUCCCUGUAGCUUUUUGUUGUCUGAAUGGGUAUAUGGUUACAUGUGUCUGUUAAAAUAAAAGGGGAUCCUUGUUCUUACAUGGUAUAUUUAUAUUUCUUAUUUACAGAUUUUGAGAACCUAAUGCCUCAUUUUCACAAACUUCCUUCUCUCUCUAUCCCAAAGACCAGUUUUUAGGCCUUCUGGGAUGAUAAAAAAGGGUGGGAAUGACUUAAUGUGAAAUUUCUCCACCCUCGAAGCUCUUGGUGAUAGAUCCCCUAAGUACAGUUUUAUGGUCUAGCCAUAUUUUUGUUGUAUAGGUCAAAUGUUAAUGGUGACACUAUUGCUUUAUGAUGCCUUUUGCUGAGCAGAAGUGCAGAUAUUUUUCCUUCAGAAGGUCAAAGUUUGUAUUACAAAAUCUUAUGAAAUGUGACUUGAAGUUUAUUUUAUUUUUGAAUACAUGUGA